GGCGGCCAACUUAAUCCCGAGGGAGCCGACCUCAGUGUUUAACGUGCCCCAGCGCCGCCGCAUUUCUUCCUCACGCGACCCAGAAACCCUAGUGGUCGGAGCGAGAUCGAAGGUACUCGUUCGACUUCGCUGCGAAAGAUGGAGGAAGAAUCGAGGCCGGAGGUCGUGUCACAACCGCCCGCUGUGGCCGACGAUUGGAGCAAGGAGGACGACGAGCCGAUCGAAGAGGACCGGCCCCCGGCUGUGGCUGACAAGACCGACGAUCCGCCGUCACAAGAUCUCAAAGAAGAGAUUAAUUCAAACCUUCAAUCUUUGCAGCUGGAAGCAAGAGUGAAGGAAAAGGAGACUGUUACAACUGAGGUACUUGAGGAGCUUGAUGAGCUUGAUGAGGAGGAAGACAAGAAACGGCACCUAAAUGUUGUCUUCAUCGGCCAUGUCGAUGCUGGGAAGUCUACAAUUGGGGGACAGAUACUUUUUCUGAGUGGUCAGGUUGACGACCGAACAAUUCAGAAAUAUGAAAAGGAAGCUAAAGAUAAAAGCCGAGAAAGCUGGUACAUGGCCUACAUUAUGGACACAAACGAGGAAGAGCGGACAAAGGGAAUAACUGUGGAAGUUGGCAGAGCUCACUUUGAGACAGAAAGUACAAGAUUCACAAUUUUAGAUGCCCCGGGUCAUAAAAGCUAUGUGCCCAACAUGAUCAGUGGUGCAUCUCAAGCUGAUAUUGGCGUCUUGGUCAUAUCUGCUCGAAAGGGAGAGUUUGAAACUGGAUUUGAAAAAGGUGGGCAGACCCGUGAACAUGUGCUACUUGCGAAAACAUUGGGUGUUGUUAAGUUGAUUGUUGUUGUCAACAAAAUGGAUGAUCCUACUGUGGGAUGGUCAAAAGAAAGAUUUGAUGAGAUCGAAUCUAAGAUGGUUCCCUUUUUACGGUCUUCUGGUUACAAUGUAAAGAAAGAUGUUCAAUUCCUUCCUAUAUCUGGGUUGGUCGGUAGCAACAUGAAGACCAGAGUUGAGAAAAGCAUCUGUGGUUGGUGGGACGGUCCGUGCCUGUUUGAAGUUUUCAAUUCUGUUGAAGUUCCACCCCGUGAUCCUAAUGGACCUUUCAGACUGCCAAUUAUUGAUAAAUACAAGGACAUGGGAAUUGUAGUGAUGGGAAAAGUGGAGUCCGGAAGUAUCCGGGAAGGCGAUAGUUUGUUGGUUAUGCCUAACAAGGCUAGUGUCAAAGUUCUUGCUAUAUAUUGCGAUGAAAAUAAAGUAAAACGCGCUGGUCCUGGCGAGAAUGUCAGGGUAAGAUUAUCAGGCAUUGAAGAAGAGGACAUCUUGGCUGGUUUUGUCCUUUCAAGUGUCGCAAAUCCAGUAGGUGCAGUAUUUGAAUUUAAAGCUCAAUUGCAGAUUCUCGAGUUGCUGGACAAUGCUAUCUUUACUGCUGGCUACAAGGCCGUAUUGCACAUCCAUGCAAUUGUUGAGGAAUGUGAAAUUGUAGAACUUAUAGAAGAAAUUGAUACAAAGAAAAAGAAGGAUACUGAUCCCAAAAAGAGGAAGCCAAAACGAAAACCUCUUUUUGUUAAGAAUGGUGCUGUUGUUGUGUGCCGCAUUCAGGUGAAUAACUUGAUAUGCAUCGAGAAUUUUUCUGAUUUCGCCCAGCUUGGGAGAUUCACACUUCGAACUGAAGGGAAAACAGUGGCAGUGGGAAAAGUUGUUUCACUUCCAGCUGCCGGAAACUCCACAUUUGUGUAACUGGAUGUAAUUGAAUUUUGAUAUAGAUGAAAGGUUGAGAAUUUCUUGGAAGCAGACUUGCGGUGACCAUGGCUCCCAUUAGAGCAUCGGAAAGGCGCAUGAGUUCUAAAUUCUAGCUUUGGCGAAGACUGCUUAUUUUUAUAAUUAUCGAGGUUCUUAUAACAUCUUAUGAUGCACAUUUUCCAGUCAGAUACAAAUGUGUGAGCGAGCUACAAUUCAACUUCUUGCUUUUAGCAUCCUAGUGCUGCUUCAUGCUUAUAGAAAGUAAUGUCUCGGUGACUUGAUCUCCUAUCACUCCUGUAUUUUAAGCUGAACCUGGAAAUGUUAUAUUUUUUUCUCCUAGUGUUCCAUAUUUUCUUCUUGAUGUGAUUCAAUAUGUGUCAUGUAUUAUGGCUGCUUAUGAAUGCCAGAUUAUUACGGUUGCU